AUGGCUUUCCUGUGGGCAUCUGCUGUCUACCUAGUCCUCCUUGGCUCUGUCUCUGGCUGUGGGAACCCAACAAUUAAACCAAAUGUAAGGGACGCAGAGAGAAUUGUCAACGGAGAGAAUGCAAUAUCAGGCUCCUGGCCCUGGCAGGUAUCGUUGCAGACCAGUUCCAAUGGCCAUUUCUGUGGUGGUUCCCUGAUAAAUGCAAACUGAGUUGUUACCGCUGCCCAUUGUGAGGUGAGACCCGGGUCACAUUAUGUUAUUCUGGGAGAAUAUGACAGAUACUCUGGAGCAGAGCCAAUCCAGAGGAGAUCCAUUGUCAAGGCCAUCACUCACCCCUACUGGGACCCUAGAAACAUGAAUAAUGACAUCACCCUGUUGAAGCUGUCUUCCCCUGCCCAGUUGAAUGCCCGUGUAUCUCCUGUCUGCCUGGCUUCUCCCACUGAGACUUUGCCCUCAGGGCUAAAGUGUGUCACCACUGGUUGGGGACGAACCAGUGGCACCGCAAGUGGCUCAGCAGCCCAGCUGCAGCAAGUGCUUCUGCCUCUGGUGACCGUGAACCAGUGCCAGCAAUACUGGGGCAGCCAAAUCUCCAGUUCCAUGAUAUGCGCUGGGAGUGCUGGGGCCUCUUCCUGCCAGGGUGAUUCUGGUGGCCCUCUUGUGUGCCAGAAAGGCUCAACAUGGACCUUGAUUGGGAUAGUCUCCUGGGGCACCCAAAACUGCAACAUCUGGGCUCCUGCUGUCUACACCCGCGUCUCCCAAUUCCGCAAUUGGAUCAAUGAAAUUGUGGCUUACAACUGAUGGUGACUGAAGGCAGAAAUGCUGUUGCCAGGGGGUUGUUUUUCCAUGUAGGAAAGGUAUCUAAGAACAUCAGCACAACCAAGGGA